AAUCUCGAGAUCGUCGUAGAGCUGACAGCACAGCUCGUCGCUGGACAAGGUUCUUCCAAGACGAAAGAGAUCCAUCUUGGGCACAUACUUUGACGAAGAGCGGCUCGCUAGCCCAAAGACAGCCCUCGGAACUUGAGUCCCAGUCGGACGACCUCGCGAUCGACUUCCGAGAAGGCCAUACUCUCGUCAUGCCUUUGCGCCUGAUCCCAGCGCCUUCGGGCAGCUCGUUACCAUUGAGCGAGUUUGAAUUCAAGGUAGCCCCGGCUGCUUCAGCGGGCGUCUCUCGGAUUACGAGCUCUUCGAGGACGCCGUCCAUGGUGACCUCCAACCAGCCAGAGUUUCCAGAAACCCCGGUCAAGAGGUUUCCCGCUUCCUUAAUGAGCAUGUUCCACGCUAGGGGGAUGGACAAUGGGGAACCCGGGAUGGGCAUCUUUAGGUGCCUCGAAUGCGGGUCCGUCGUCAUGGAAGGUCUAGCCAAGGAGCAUAGGGACGGUUGUGCGGCCUUGCGCACGGAGCUCGAAGCGAUGAAAAAGGCGUUGUCGAGCACGUAUGGGAACAAGAAGGGUCAAAGGGGAGGUAUGAAACGGACAGGGAGCGAGAUCACCGCAGUGUCACCAUCUCCUUCAGCCGAGUCGCCUCGCAAAGGUCCAAAGAGACCUAGGAUCGACAUCGCAGAAUCAGUCGCGAGCAACGAAGAUUACGCACCUGGCGGUUCGGUCGAUACUGGCGAGAGGAUGAUGUUGCCCUCUGGAAAGCUAGAAACCAAGAAGGCUUUUGAGAAGAGGAUGGUCGAGGCGCGAAGACUUGUCAAGGAACAAGAGAAGUUGGAGAGGGAGCAGGGAAAGGUCGCCGCCAGCCAGAACCCGAAAGGCUUGUCUCAAAAGAAAGAGUAUGAUCCCGAUCGUCACUGCGGAGUGAUGAAGCCGGACAACACGCCUUGCCUGAGAAAGCUCGAUUGCAAACAACACUCGGUACAGGCCAAACGAGACGUCUCCGGGAGGAGCAUGUCGUUCGACGACCUCAACAAGCUACAGAAGGGAGAGACCUUGCCUCCGCCUCCCACAGAGACGCCGGUCAACGAGCAGGGGCAAGGACCAUCAGCCAUCCCUGAUGCUGCAGCAGCGGCUGCUCUGGUCGCUUCGACCAGCGCCGGUCCUUCGGCGGUUCCUCCAGUCAAACCGAAGAAAGGGAGGAAGAAGCAUGCAGAAGCUCGUCGCCUGGCGGCUCACGGGCAGGAACCACAAGGACCCGGAGCGUUGGACCAUGAUGCGCUGGUACAAGCCAUCAAGACGCACACUCGGUAUAAUGCUCAGAUCGCUCGGAACCGAAUGUACGGGCUUCUCACUGCUGCUCCUGUCGAAGAGGUCCGGCCGAGCAGAACAGCUCAACCGCACAAAGACGACGCGGAGAAUUCACAGCAACCGAAAUCGGAGCAGGUCGAUGGGAAUGGCAUGCACCAUCCAGGUUCGCAACAACCCGAUCCGUUACCGGUGAUGCCCGACUUUGGUGCUCAAGCGGGCAAGGGCAAAGCGAAACCUCCUGGCACGACAAAGGGCACGAUGCGGUUCCAAACUUUUGCUGGAGGGGCUACUAGCGGAUAUUGGCACGGUGAUAGACGAAGGAUGAUGGCAGCGGAGAAUACGAUGAACGAGAUUUUCAAGCAGAUGCGGCGGCAUCGUACCGAGGCGGCAGCAGUAGCAGAGAAUCCGGAACCUAAAGCGGAGAUGGCCUGAUCUGUUCCUGUUAUAUACGUAGGGACGUGGGGUCUGUAUCUACUAGACUAGACGUGGCUUCUUUUGACAUCUUGUAUUUCUUGUUUGCAAUCAUACCGAUAUUCUUCUUGUACAGU